AUGGACGCGGAGUAUGAAAGAGAAAAGGCACAAGAACGCGAGGCGGAGCGGGCACGGCAGCAGCGAUUGAAGGACCGGGUGCCAGGAAGGAAACCUACGGGAAAGACCAAGGCUGGGGAUAUCGAUGCUGUUCUUGACGAGAUCAGGGGAGAAUGGGAGGUGUGCAUGAAUCCAGACUUCAAUCCGGUAGAACUUGCACUACAACUGCUGGAUGAAUCUUCGUUGGGAAGAGACGCCGACUCGUUCCGACGGACGAAAGAUUUGCUUUCGAAUGCUUUGAAAGGGUCCGUGGACAAGUACUACCAGGCGUUUGCUGGUGCACUACCUCAUCAUGCCGCACUCGUAAGUCAUCUCGGCACUACGCAAAACCAUAUUCGAGAAGCGCGCACCGCAUUGCAAGAAGCAAAGGAUACCCUAGGAAGCAAGCGUGCCGAUCUUGUUCAGCUAUGGUCGAGAAGCCAAACCGUUGACGAGAUGAUGCGCAUAUUGGACCAAAUUGAACGUCUGAGAGCUGUCCCGGACGCACUGGAGAGCUUGAUAUCUGAGAAACGACUGCUCGAGGCUGCCGUGCUACUAGUGCGGAGUCUGAAGCUGAUCAACAAGCAAGACAUGUUGGAUGUUGGGGCAGUUUCCGAUCUACGCAGCUAUCUAGUCGCACAGGAGGCGGCUCUCCGAGAGAUUUUGGUCGAUGAACUCAACAGUCACCUGUACCUCAAGUCAUUCUGGUGCGAGUCACGCUGGGCAAUAUACACUCCUGGUCAACAGAGCUUCCCCAAGCUCGAUGCCUCGGACCAAGGUGGUUCUGAUAUGAAAGACCCGUCGGCUGCUUCGCCCAUCUCCCGAUCCACACCAAUCAGCAAAUUCUUGAUGGAUCUCACUGUACGCCCGAACGAUCCACCGUACUUGAUCGACGAGCAGAACUACCGCGACAGCACGUCUGGAGCCGUAUUAGCAGCGUCUACGAGCUCUGGAGCGUUAGGUAUGUCGGCUGCGGGGUCGUCGACAUCCCUUUCCGGUAUGCUCUCUGGUAACAUGCAGGCACCGCCGCCGCAAAAUCCCGAGGCAGAUUCGUUUUCUUACAUUGAGACAUUAUUGGAAGCGCUAGCAGUUCUCGGGAGGUUAGGGAGCGCUCUCGACGUAGUCGCACAGAAACUACCGCAGGAGAUUUAUUCGCUGGUGGAGUCAACCUUGGAUGAGGUAGAAGAGAGAGCAGAAUUCGGUCGACGAAACUCUGUGAUAACUUCCGGCCCAGGUGCGGGAAGACUAGACAGUAGCCUUCUACUCACAGGCCCUGGGGCGAUAUCGAGCAUGGCUAUGGGCACUGGCAUCCCGGGCGUAUCGGUAGCUCCAGGCGCAUACAAUCCGGUUCUGGGUCCUCUUGCCGGUAGAGGGCCACCGCUAAAGGCCGCAGCCCUGCGACUGGCUGCCCUGGAGGCGUCCACCAAGGUUACUGAUCAGGAAACCUUGCGCGACUUCUUCUGGACACUAUACUCGAAGAUGGAUGCCGUCACACAAGGUCUACGAGUAGUAUACGAAGUGUCGAACCGAAUAGGCUCGAGACGACACUUCAGUGAUUCUUCAGGGGCGAAGCCCGGUUCUCUCUUCCCACUGGCCGAGGUGUGGAUGCCAAUACAGGCAGAGAUCAGAACCCUUAUCGGUGACUAUGUAACCGACGAAGAGCAAGGAACAGUGUCUGGGAGGAAUCCGAUCUCUUCAAUCAACGAGGUCCUACGAGAAGGCAAGUUCAACAGAGACAAGAGCAAGCCUGUCUUCCGUUUCGCAGACACCGAUGCGAAAUACAGCAUGAAAGCGCUCAAGCUGCACGAAGACGAGCUCACUCGAGUACUCAGGGAUACGGUGCCGGGGCUGGUGCAAGGGUCUGCAGAUAGCGCAGUACAAGCAACAUUAUCUGCCGUCGGUACGGAUGAUCGGUUGUCCGGGACCAGCCAGCAUCACCGUGUCCUGAUACGUCCGGACGCAUUCCACGUCAGCAUCCUUUUCCAGCCAACAUUAGCGUGGCUGGAUCGCAUAGCGGAUGUUCUACCGUCCGGCUUGGAGGCUGCGCGUUCGACAAGUAUGGUGCUGGAAGACUUCGUGCUGAAUGUCUACUUGCCGCAACUGGAAGACAAGGUCUCCGAGUUGUUCCAUCAAGCGGUAACAAGUCCGGAUGCUUUCGAGCCUGACCCGGCUACGAACAAACUGUCGCCACAGCCAUUGGCGGGCGUACAGGUCAUGGCCCUGAUCAACUCGCUUUGUGCCAUGCUUCGGACCACGCCGUUCCACCGAGAGAACUAUUCGCGACUCAUCCUGACAGUCAUAGGCCAGUUCUACCAGCGGUGUAGUGACAGGUUUUACGAUCUUGUCGCCGUCAGGAACAACAUGCAGCCGGAUGCUGGCCCAAGGAUAGUGCUUGGUGCACAGUGGGCACAGAAGGCGGAUCUGGGCGCAUGCCUGUCAGAAUUGCUGAAGAUUGUUGGUGAAGACUCGGAGGCGGCUAGGAAGCUCCAACUCUGCCGACAGGAAGCGCAUCUCGAGCAAGUUCUCCAGGGCGAUGAGACUAUCAUCAAGCAGGACUUAAUCUCGUCAGCACGGAACAUGGCCAGCCUGGCGAGCUUGUAUCGCACUGUCGUAACCGCGCCUGAAAGCGCGCUCUCACCAACAACACCGCUACGGCUGGAGCCCGUGAGCGCAGUUACCCCGUAUACCCCAUACCUGCCCGCGAUCGCCCCCGUACAAGCGAAUGAGCCUCUCAGCCUCCCGCUCUCCUCCGCAAUGGCCAUGCGGUUCCAGGCGUUGCAUAUGACAUACGCCCAGUUGGCCGAGCUGGUCAUGUACACCCUGCGCAUCGACAUCCGGUGCCGCGCAACACACUUCAUCGACCUCGCGCUGAGACAUGGCAUUUACAAAGUCGAGCGCGAGGUUAGUGAGCCCGACCCCAACGUGAUCGACCUUAACGUCGAGCUCAGCAAGUGCGACGACUGGGCAUCAUCAACGCUCCCUGAGCGAGAACGGAGAUACAUGUUUGAGGGUCUGCCACACCUCAUGGAGCGUCUCUUGAUAUCGAAGGCUCGGCACAUCCGUGCUCUCAACGCCUUUGGGAUCAAGAAGAUGAACCGGAACAUGCUCGCGCUGCAGCAAAACAUCAAGACGAUGACCCAGAACAGCAACGACCUCGAGUUCGACCGUGCCAAGCGGUACUACUCUUUGUUCUCCAUGUCGCCGCAGGAUAUGCUUGACAGCAUCCGCAAGAAGCAAGAGUUCAGCUUCGACGAGUACAAGGUAAUGCUGGACCUGCAGUGCGGCGUCGACCCAACAAACAGCGAACAAAGCGCCGCACAGGCGACCAACCGUUCCUACAGCUUGUACGUCAUCGAUCUGCACGGUCUGGAGCUGCAAGACGGCGCGGACGGAGGCUCUUCAUGACAGCGCUGUGAUAUAAGAAGG